UCUCCAUUUUUAAUAGUCAUUCAUUCUUUACGUUGUCAUUCAAGAAAAUCUGAACCGCUGCUUUUCUUUGUGAUAUUUUUUACCGUGCUUAAGUAAUUUAAUUUUAAUCAAUAAAAAUGUCAGAGAAGAAAGAAUUGUCGAAAAACGACAUGGACCCGGAAUUGGACGAUUUAUUGGACAGUGCUUUGAAAGACAUGACGAAGCCUGAAAAGAAGGAAGCCGCCGCAGAAGGUUCUUCCGAGGCUCAGAACAUGUGGAGCGAAGAGUUCAUCAAGGAGGCAGCGGCUCAGUUCGAGACAAACAUGGCAGCCAUAUUGGGCAGCUUUAGUGGAGUGCCUGAGGACCAAAUAACUCAAGAACAGAUUGCUCAGACUUUUUCAAAAAUGGCUGAAGCCGCAGCGCAGGUCCUGAAGCCCCCGGGUGAAGGUGAUCAAGUGGAGCCACCAGUCAAUGACCCUGCAGUCAACGACAAGAUUGAACAAGUAUCAGCAGCAAUAACCCAAACCCUUCACAACUUGAACACCAACUCUGAGAAUCUUCAGACUCCGUUCAACGAACAGGACCUGGCCAACAUGUUCAAUAACUUUAAUUUAGGAGAGGGUGGACAGGACAGCAACAUGUUUGUCCCGUUCAUGCAGGGCAUGAUGCAGUCCCUACUUUCGAAGGAGGUACUGUACCCCUCCCUGAAGGAACUCCUCGACAAAUACCCUACUUGGCUUGUUGAGAAUAAGGGCAAGAUUGAACAAAGCGAGUAUGAGAGAUUCGAAAAACAAGAGCAGUUGAUGCAGCAGGUGUGCGCGGAGUUGGAGCCCGAGCAGGAGUCUGACCCCGAGGACGUUAAGAAGAAGAGGUUCGAGAAAGUUCUGGAACUCAUGCAGAAGAUGCAAGACUUAGGCCAACCACCCACAGAGUUAGUGGGCGACAUUGGGUCGCCACCACAAGGGUUCGCCCCGCCCGCGGCCAACGACGGACAGUGCAGAAUCAUGUAGUACCUAAAUGUAUCGUAGUGACAUAUGUAAAUAAGUACCCGUGCCUGAGUACCCGAUUAUACCAAAGUACCCGUAAGGUAACGGUACCUUCGAUUCAAACGGUACCUUUUGUAUAUUAUAACGGGCGUACGUUUUAAAAAAUUUAUACACGUUCCUGGUAAAUAGGUACCCAAAUCUACCAUCUAUAUUGUACAGAAUCUAAAUUAAUCAGUUAUCUAAAUCGAACCAUGCAUUUCAUGUUAUUUAAAAUACCUUUAUACGCCCAAACGAAGUACCUAUAUCGUACCAGGCUAUAUCACACCUCAAUAUCGAUUUAGUAUGUAUAAGUAUUACUUUUCCUACAAGUAUCCGCGUAGUACCAAAGUUGCAAGUUCCCACAUUGUGCCAGAAUAUUAACAUGAAUACCCAAAUUUUACCACGGUACCGAAUUGGGACAGGUACCAACAUGAGGUAGCCUAACCUCCCUACACACUGUGUGGUGCUUAGAGGAAAUAACAUUAGUGCUUUUUAUCUUAUGAAUAUUUUAAACAUUUAUUAUCGAUAUGCGUAGUACAGUGGUUCUCAUUUAUUUAGGUGAGUAUUUAGAAAAACAAGGGGCUUCUAUGUUAUAACAUUGAAUGUUAACAAAAGGGGUAUUAGGUUGAGAACUACUAGCUUAGUCCAUUUGCAUUUUAUAUCCCAUUUAAGGACAUUUUGUACUGAAAGUGCGAAAUACGACGUGUAAAGACGUCCUAUAAUGACUAGACAAGCAUAUCGUUAGUGACGAAAGUAUCGUGUAACGUUAAAAUUACAAUAACUAAAUUGACAUGUGAUCACGUUAUGAGAUUUUGGUCGCCAAAAACGCGACGUUAUAUGACGUCUUUUAUUGUGAAAGUUGCCCGUUUUGUACUGAAGUAUUAAUGAGAUAAAUGGUGUUUCAGCGUUGUUAUUUCUAUGUUUUGAUUCGAUUUUUUGUGAAUUUUUAAUGUGUUAUGGUAUUUGCAUUUUCCGUACAUAUUAUUUUGUUACUGAGGUUGCCAAUGAUAUUAAUUCCCACAAUAUUUGAUCCUUUGCGGAGUGUGGUGCAUGAGACAGGCAGGUUUAAUUGUAAACUCCAUCCAGAAAUACGUCUCUUCGUGAUUGUCAGAAAAUUAAAUGAUACCUAUUUAUAAAAAUUAUAACAUUUUCAACUGAUUAAAAUGUAAAAAUGAAUAUAACUAUUUUAAUCAAAUAAAGAUUCGCUAUUGGUCUAUUGACAGCAUAUUCGGGCUCUAAAAUCUGUUUGAAUCUGGAUUUUCCAGCUGCCCAGGUUGAAAAAAUCAAUCUAGUGAAAUCAAAUUUGAAUGAGUUUUUAAUUCGAAACUUACAAACAGAUUUUACGGUAGACUCGCUCACAUUGGAAGGGCAAUGCUCGGUGUACUUUGACGCAAAUUUGCACCUUACUCCAUCAUGAACAGCCGUGAGCUUAUGUAUUAUACGGAUUGUGCCAAAGAUUGUAAACUCUAAUGUAUGAUGGCGAAGGAAAAUAUUCGUAUGUAUUUAUUUUCAAGUCCGAAUCGCGUACGAUUCGAUCAUUUUGGUCUUGGGACGGUGGCAAUGAUUACUAUUAAUUAACAAUUCGUACUAUAUUUAUAACUUUGAAUAGCGCUGUAUAAAAUUACCUUACUGUCGGGCAUAGGUCUAACUGCCCUCCUUGCUAGAGGAUAACGCGACGUCAUUGUACGUUGCUGGGAAAUUCUUCACAUAGCUUCGCGGGUACAUGCAUGCAUGCAAGAUUACGAAACUCACUACUUAGUACCUGUUAGGUACUGACACUUAAUAUCUAACGCAAAGCAUCACAGCAAUGUCCAACACUGGAGCUAUGAUGCAGUCUGUUUUUGACAUACGCCACCGUACGGACCCGACUCGGUCAUGUGGCAAAGUGAAUAAAGUGUAUUGGUAAUAUGGUUAUGUCAUGUUCCUGUUUACCCCACAGGUGGACUAGCGUUUUACCGCAAUGUGGCGGCACAAAUAUUAUUUAUAAAAUGUAUUGUAUUUAUUAGCUAUUCAGUUGUUUUUGAAUAAAAUUGAUUUAGUUGAA